AUGUAAAAAGACAAGCCUACGCCUUAGAUUUUUGCAUAUAAAGAUGACAUCAAUGGAAGAGUGACAGCAAUUUUUUAAUGGAGUUUUGACUUUAAUUUCUUAGUUUGUGGAGGUGAUAAAUCAGUAAUUUAUGUGAUCGAUAAGUAUUAAUAAUUUAUGAAAUUAGGCGAGGGAAGCGUUUAAAGGAUAUUUAAUUGGCAACAAAUAAUAAAUUAUUGUAAUUAGAAUGGGAUAAAGAUGGUGAAUAUGUUUGCAUUGUAUAGGUAUUGAAGAAUGAAAAUUUAAAAAGGAUGGUCUCAAUCAUGUAAAUUUAUGGGCACCUUUUUCUAAUACUUCUUAAUUGAUUCAAAUAGAAUUAGACAAUCAAAAAGCAAAAGUGUCAUAUGCUAAAUGGUCUAAAAGUCAUGGAAUAUUAGCAAUAGGAUCAGAUAAGGGUGGUUUAUUAUUCUAUACAAAGAAGCAAGCAAAGAAAUUACCUACAAUGGGAAAGCAUAGCAAGAAAAUUAUUAGUGGAGAUUGGAAUAAUGAAGGAUAUUUAAGUAUGUAUUAACAAAUAUAUUAUUAUAGUAACAAGUGGUGAAGAUAAAUUCUUAACAGUUUCAAAUUACAAUUCAGAAACUAUGUUUGAAUCAAUUCCUGUAAAAGCAGAAGCCAAAAAUGUACUAUGGUCUAGAUCUAAGACAGAAUCAAGAGAUUAGAGUUAAAGAACAGUCACAGCAAUAAUUCAAUAAAAAACAAUUAUUAUGUUUGAAUUAGGCAAGAAUCAUAAAAUGCCUGAUGAAUUAAUGUUUGAAAAUAAAUAUGGCAAAAUAGUAGAUUAUACUAUUUUUGGUGAUGGAUAUUUGGUAAUAGGAUUUAGUGAAGGAUAUGUAGUACACAUUUCUACACAUAAAAAAGAAAUAAGUAAUUUUUUAUAUUUAUUUUAUUAGAAGAUGAAGUACAAAGUGAAAAACUAUUGAAGUAAGUGGAUGCUAUUUGUACAAAUGAUGGUACCUAUAAAUUGGCAGUAGCAGGUGAUGGUUUUAUCAAAAUGGUUAAUUUACAAACUUGGAAAGAAAUACCUACAGAAUCCAUUUUAUUGCCACCUGAUUGUGGUCGUGUUUCUAAAAUGUAAUAUUUAUAUUUAAUAAUUCAGGACUUGGAGUUAAAAUGGAUAAAUUUUAGUUGUUUCUACUGAGAAAGGUAGUAUAAUAGGUUAUUAAACAUCAAUUCCAACUUUAACAGCUUCAUAUGCAUCUAUGAUUGCAUUAUAAUAAUCAUUUACAGAAUUUUCCAUUUAUUCAACUUAAGAGUAAACCUUAAAUGAAAUUUCUUAAGUUAAUUUAGAGAAUGAACCUAAUUAAAUUUCUAUGAGUAUUUAAUACUUUGCAGCUGGAAUCAACAAUAUUGUUUAUUAUUUUAAAUAUUUGGAAAUAAAAAAUAAUAAAAUAAUAAAACCUGCUACCUAAAUUAUAAAAAUGGAUUAUUUAGGAUAUGUCAAUCAAAUCAUUUUGAAUAAUGAUUUUGCUGCUGUCUUAAGUAAUAAUGUUUGUACUUUUCAUAAAAUUGAAUAAACAGGUGAUUAUAUUAAAUAGUAAUAUAUUUAUUAAAUUUUAAUAGAUAAUUCCCUGAUAAUGAUUAAGAUAAACCAAUCUUACAUAUAGGAUUAACUAAGAAUUUCUUAUUUUUAUUAGAUUCUUAAUCUAAAAUUAGAGUCUAUAAUAUAUAUGAAAAAUAAUUCAUUAUUGAAUUCAAAAAUGAUUAUAAUUUGACUAAAAUCUUUCCAAAUUUUAGUGGAACAAGAUCAAUUUGUAUUAAUAAUAAAGGUUAAGGUUUUUUAUUUGAAGCAUCUAAUGAAUUAUUAACUAAAAUAUCUGAAUUCCCAGAAAAAACAGAAAGAAUUAUUUGGGAUCAAAAAGAUCCAAAUUUAUUUGUGACAUAAGAAACAAUUUAUCUUACAACUUUUAUAGUUAAUAAGAAUAAUUUUUAAUAAGAAAUGGUACAUGCAGUAUUAGAAUAUUUGUCAAUGGAAGAUUUACAAAAGUCUGCAUCUCCAAAACUAUCUAUAACUGAAUUAGAAAAAGGAAUUUAAGCAUUAAGUUUAACUAAUGGUACUUUAAAAUGUUUUACAAUGACUAGAAAUGUUAUAGGUUAACCAUUAAUUAGUCAUUCUUAUUUGAAAUAAUAUAAAGGAGCUGAUGAUACAAAUGAUGGACAUUUUAGAUAUUUUUUAUAAAAUCUAGCCCUAUUUAAAUUUUCUAAUGCAUAUAAAGCAGUUGUAAAUCUAAAGAAUCUAAAAUUAUUUGAUACUUUUGGUAGAAGAUGUUUAGAAAAUCUAGAAUUCGAUGUUGCUUAAAAAUCAUUCUAAUCUGCCAAUAAUAUAUCUAUGGUUAUGAUGAUAUAAAGUUUUAAAAAUGAAUCUGAAAAGAAUUUAUUAUUUGCAUAUGUUGCAAUGAUUUUAGGAUAACAUGAUUUGGCUUAAGAUUUGUUCUUAAAAUCAUCUUAUAGAUUAGGAGCACUAGAAUUAAGAAGUGAUAUCUAAGAUUAUGUUAAUGCUUUAUCUUUAGCCAAAAAGAUUGCACCAGAAUAAGAACCAUUUAUUUGCAAAAGACUUGCUAUCUAAAUAGAAACAUAAGGUAAUAAUCCAGAAGCAGUCAAAAUGUAUGAGAUGGCUAUGUUGAAUGAAAAAUUACAUGAUUCUAAAACAGUUGAAACACAUAAUCAAUAAUGUGUAGCUGGUAUUGCUCGUUGUUCAAUCAAGAUGGGUGAUAUAUUAAGAGGAUCAAGUCUAUCAAGACAAAUUUCAGAUCCUUUGAUAUUAUAGGAAAUUGCAUUAGUGUGUGAAAAUAUGAAAUUUUAAGUUGAAGCUGCAGAAUUAUAUGAAUAAGCUGGUUGUAUAGAAAAGGCAGCUACUAUUUAUAUUACAUAAAAGAUGUUUAAAUAAGCUGCACCAUUAAUGAAUAAAGUUAAAUCUCCAAAAUUAUUAAUAUUAUAUGCAAAAGCAAAAGAAAGUGAAGGAGCUUUCUAAGAAGCAGAAAAUGUAUAUGAAAAAGCUGAAGAUUGGGAAAAUGUUGUUCGUUUAAACUUAAAUUAAUUAAAUAAUAUUGAAAGGGCUAAAUUCAUAUUGCGUAAUAAGUGUAAAACAGUGACUCUUGCAUUAAUGGUUGCAUAAUAUUGUGAAAGAAGAGGAUCUAAAGCAGAAGCUGUUGAAUUCUUAAUAUUGGCUGAAAAAAAAGAAUAAGCAUUUGCUUUGGCUCAAAAUUAUAAUGAAAUGGAUUCAUAUGUAGAACAUAUGAAAGCAUUUUCACUUGAAGAAAGAUUAUAAGUAGCAUAAUAUUUUGAAGGAAAAAAUUAAUUAGAUAAAGCUGCAUUUCAUUAUGAGAAAGCCUAAGAUCCAAUGAAAGCUUUGAGAUUAUAUUAAUAAGCAGGAGAGGAAUUUAUUAAUGAUAUGAUAGACUUAGUUGCUCGUAAUAAAUAAGAUAGUCUAAUUUAACAUUUAUCAGAUUAUAUUAAUGGAGAUACUGAUGAUAUUCCUAAAGAUCCUAUUUAUUCAUUGAAAUUAUAAAAAGCUAUUGGUAAUUUAGCAGCAGUUGGAAGAAUUGCUAUUACUAUUGCAGGAUCAGAAUAAGAAUGUGGUAAAUAUAAGGAAGCUCAUCAAUUUUUAUUUGAAACUUGUGAGGAUUUGAAAUCAAGUGGAAAUUAAAUACCAUUUGAUUUAUAUUAAAAAUUGAUGACUUUACAUUCAUAUACAUUAGUUAAAAAGAUUAUGAAAUUAGAAGAACAUGAAGAUUUAGCAAAAUUAUUAGAUAGAGUAUGUAAAAGUAUUAGUUAAUUUCCUAAUGGUGCAACAAAUAUUUUAACUAUGGCUGUAAUUGAAGCUACAAAAGCUAAUUUUAAGUAAUUAUUUGAAUUAAAUUAUAGAUCAUUAGCAUAUUAAUGGGCUAUUACAUUAAUGAAAUAAGAAUAUAGAUAAUAAAUAAAUGAAAAAUUUAAAACUAAAAUUGAAAAUAUAGCUAGAAAACCAGUAAAAGAGGAAACUCCAGAUAAGAAAACACCAUGUCCAUUUUGUGGAGUAUAAUUUAAAAUGAUUAUUAGGAAUUUGUUAGUGAAUUUUGUCUUGAUUGUCCAAAAUGUUCAAAUAAUAUUCCAUUUUGUAUUGCAUCUGCAAAGUAAUUAAUAUUAUUAAUUUCAGACAUAUAGUAGCAGAGUAAUGUUGUUUGUGUCCAGAAUGUAAAUUUCCUGCAAACAUUUAAUAUUUCAAAAGAAUCCUAGAAAUUGAACCAAUUUGUCCUCUUUGUCAAAAAUAAAUACGUCCAUAAGAUUUAAAGGAAGUAUAUAUUCUAAAUCUAUAUAAAUUUUAGGUUCCAAAAGAAGAAGUACUUAAGUUAAAGAGGAAGGCUGCAGCUGAAGAAAAAAAAUAAUGA